GCAAUACUGGACCUUGCGGGAAUGAUCGAAUGUAGUACUGGUCGUUUCCCUUUGGCAUAUGUUGGCUAUGGAUGUUACUGCGGAAUAGGGGGAAAAGGAAUACCAAAGGACAAGACAGACUGGUGCUGCCAUAGACAUGACUGUUGUUAUGGAAUUGCAGAGCAAGUUGGAUGUUUGCCUAAGUCCGAUACGUAUGACUGGAGCUGUACCAAUGACAUGUUUAUCAAAUGUGGUAACACAAAUGACUACUGCCAAAGAAUUCUGUGCUAUUGUGACAAACGAUUUGCUGAGUGUUUGGAAAAAGUACCUUACAAUAACCUGCAUGCUCUAUAUCCCAAUUUCCUUUGUGGGACAAAGACUCCACCCUGCAGUUUAUAUAAAGAACAGCAUUUCAUUCGCAGAAAGAAAGUAAAGAAAGUAGAAAUUACAUCUUUCCUCAAAGAGGGCCACCACAGGUCACAGGAAAUUAUGGAAAUAGUCUUUGGAGUGCCUCCGGAAGAACUUGAGACCCUAGGUCAGGUGGUACUAACAUUUUACCGUCAGGUACGCCGGACAAGUGAAGAUUUGCAGCUUAAGCUGAGGAUGAAGGAGGGGCAUGAUGUGGGCGGACUAGGGGCGGAGCCACCCUUAGUGUCUGGGACGCUGGAGAGGUGA